ACACAGAAUCACAAAGAUGAGCAUUUCCCAAAGAUGGAGAAUACUAAGUGGACAAGAUCAUUGGGAGGGUCUUCUAAACCCUCUUGAUAUUGAUCUCCGAAGGUACAUAAUCCACUAUGGAGAAAGAACACAAGCCACUUAUGAUACUUUCAUCUCAGAAAAAGCUUCCAAGUUUGCAGGAGCAAGCAAGUACGCCAAGAGGAACUUGUUCACAAGGGUGGGUUUGGAGAAUGGGAAUCCCUUCAAGUAUAGUGUGACCAAGUAUUUGUAUGCAACAGCACAAAUCGCUGUUCCUGAAGCUUUUAUAAUACGAUCAUUGUCACCGGAAGCUUGGAGCAGGGAAUCAAACUGGAUAGGGUAUGUUGCUGUGGCCACGGAUGAAGGCAAAGCUGUGUUAGGAAGGAGGGAUAUUGUAAUUGCUUGGAGAGGAACAAUAAAAACGUUGGAGUGGAUUAAUGAUUUCCAGUUUCUGUUGGUUCCUGCUCCUAUAAUUUUUGGCGGUUCUGGGUUAAUCGAUCCUAAAGUACAUCAGGGUUGGUACUCUAUGUACACUUCAGACAAUCCUGAUUCUCCAUUCAACACGACUAGUGCAAGAGAUCAGGUCUUAAGUGAGAUAAGAAGGCUUGUAGAUCUAUACAAGGAUGAAGAAAUCAGCAUAACUGUAGUUGGGCAUAGUUUAGGAGGUGCAAUGGCAACCCUAAACGCAGUGGACAUAGCUCAAAAUGGCUAUAACAAGCCAACAAACGUGCCAGAAAAAGCAUGUCCUGUCACAGCCUUUCUAUAUGCCAGCCCUCGAGUUGGAGAACUGAACUUCAAUAGGGUUUUCACUGGCUUGGAAGAUCUAAGAGCUUUAAGAAUUAAGAAUAUUCUUGACAUUGUUCCAAACUAUCCCACUUUGCCCUAUUUGGAUGUGGGUGAAGAACUAAUAAUGAAUACUCAGAAAUCACCGUACUUGAAGAGUCCAGGGAAUAUCAUUACUUGGCAUAUGUUGGAGUGUUACUUGCACGGCGUUGCAGGAACACAUGGACUUGAUGGAGACUUUGAAUUGGAGGUGAAUCGUGAUAUUGCACUUGUGAACAAGGAUACAGAUGCUUUAAAAGAUGAAAAUCUUGUUCCUGAGUUAUGGUGGGUUGAGAAAAAUAAGGGAAUGGUUCAACAAUUAGAUGGUUCGUGGGAGCUGAUGGAUCACGAGGAGGAUGACUUUUGAUUCGUCUCAAAGGUUGUAUAUAAAAUGUGGCUUGUUGUAUUUCUGGAUGAGUGUUUCAAUAAAUUAUCAACAAUGCUUGUAUUUGUUGCUUCAAAUAUGGAGUCUGUUUAUGUUGUAACCCAUAAAAUAUUGAUUCUGUGUAUUCGAAUAAAAUAUCCAUGUCGUAAGAGAGUGAUCUGUUCAUUUAGCUGAUUAAACCUCUUUGUCGUGUGCUUGGGAGUCAAAUUUGAAAUAAGAUUUCCAAGUUAUACAAUAUAGCAUAAUUUGAGUUGUUCACUUAUUGA